AUGUUCCGAAUCUUGACCCUCGGGAGCCCCAUAUCAUCAACUUCAGCGACCACCCCUGGCUCUCAGCCAACACUCUCUCUAUACCAGCCAAAGUCUUCCACAGUUACGACCGAUCAAGUCGAAAAGCUAGCCCUUUACUUCCAUCGCAAGCGCCAAGUCAAUGUUUGCUACCGGAACGAGGCCCGGGCAAUACUGGCAAAUCUCUCAGAUCCCACCAUCCGCCAUGGACUCGAUUCUCUGAUCGCUCUACACGACGGACUCGGGACAAAAAGACACACUGCCAAUGUCGGCACUCACGGCAUAUUUAUCAAUCAACGUAGCUUGGAUGCGUACAACGCGGCAGUCUCAGGCCUCGCGUCGCGGCUAAGAGAGGAACCCACUCGAAAGUCUGCCCAGGCUGCGCUCGUGUGCUGCCAGAUGUUUAUGAGCAUUGAAGUCAUGAUGGGCGACUACACUACUGCCUUCCAGCAUUUCCUUCUAGGACUUCGUAUCAUGUACCAAUACCGGAACCGCCCAGGUGUGAGCGACGGCGGCCGGGUAGUUCCUUGUUACAAUCUUGGUUUUCCUUAUCUGGACGAGUUUGCUAUCAAGCUCUUCGCCUCAGGCUAUCCUGGGCCCAAGCACCUGUCUUCCUGCGAAACAGAGCGCAGUAGCUCGGCAACAAGCAACAUCAACACCAUUUUGUGCGAUCAGGCGCGCAGUGAUCUGAGCGUUCUAUCCGUGGAAGUGCUGGAGUUUCUGAAUCGGGUGACAGGCCUGCGGAGUCAGUACCAAGUGGCCGAGUUAAAGGCGACGAGGACACAGAUUCUUGGUUGCUUGCAGUCAUGGGAGCAGACGUACUCUCAAACUGCCAACAAGAUCAUGGCGAGAACAACUGCCCAGAGAGUGCGUUUCGGAGCAGCAUUCUCCCUUCUCCUCCAUGGUGUCUUAGAAGUUGUAGUCAACCUGGCAAUUGGAGCCUCAACUGAUGAUAUAUACGCACUGGGAAAACAGGUCGCUGCCAUUAAAGCGACCGCGCAUAUGGCUACGGAAAUAGGGAAAGCAGUCUAA